AUGAAUACUGAUGAGAGGCUUAAUGAGAUGGCCCUGGCCAUUCAACAACUCACAUACACAGUAGCUAGGCUUAGUAUGAACCAACAAGAGGGGGUUAUACCUGUACACCACCAUGAGAGAAACAAUGAGGACAGGACCUUGAGAGUUGAUAUAUCUGAAUUUGGAGGAAUAACACAUAACCCUGAAGAAUACUUAGAAUGGGAGGCUGGGUUAGAAAGGUAUUUUGAGUUUAAAGAAACACCUGAAGAUCAGAAGUAUAAGGUAGCUAAGGUGAAAUUAAACAAGCUGGCAGCCAUUUGGCUUGAAGGAGAACAGAAACAGAGAAGGAGAGAAAACAGAGGAAGGAUCAACACUUGGGAUAAAUUGAAAAAGCAUCUUAGGAAGAAAUAUGUGCCAUUAUCCUAUAGACAACAACUCUUUGUGCAGUGGAGUACACUUAGACAAGGUAGCAGGUCAGUGACAGAGUACAUUCAAGAGUGGGAAAGGCUUUCUGUCCAAUGUGAUCUCAAUGAACCAGAGAAAAUGAGAGUAGGAAAGUUCAUAGGGGGUCUAAGAGAAGACUUAAGGGAAAAACUUGAGGUUAUGCCACACUUAACCUUCAACACAGCAUGCAAUAGUGCUCUCACAUAUGAGAAAUAUUCAAGGAAGAGAGGCACAUACACACCAACAUUCAGACCUGUUUCUUACAAACCCAACAGCAACAACACUAUUAGCAAUAGUAUGGGAAAUGUAGGCUUAGGCACCAACACGAUCAAUAAAAAUAACAACUCAGCAACACCUAGCAGACCCAGAGACAAAACAAAUGUACCUAUGAAAGAUAUUGUGUGCUUUAAGUGCCAUGGACAUGGUCAUAUCAAAAGAGAGUGCCUCAAUGUAAGAGCUUUCACCAACAUUGAAUGGACUGAAAUUAACAAUAGAGAAAGGGAACCUAGGGCUAUGUUAGUGGCUAAGGAUGGAGAGGAAAAAGUCAUCCUGCCUGCUACACCUACUGAUGAUCCAGAGGGGUCUUAUAUUCUGACUAACCUAGGUACUUUAAAGAGAACAGAACCAGGGGAAACCGAGAGUGAUGAGUCAGAUGCAGAGGUCAGAGAGCAGAUACACCCUGAGGAAGGAAGAUACCAAUUGCUAAUAAGAAGGAACUUUCAUGCUACACCCAAAGGGAAAAAGUCAGACCAAAGGGAGAGCAUAUUUCAGACCAAAUGCAAGGUGAAAGAUAGGGUAUGUGACCUAAUAAUUGAUGGGGGAAGUGAGACGAAUUGUGUGAGUGCACAGCUGGUUCAGGAUCUAAACUUACACACACAAAACCACCCUAACCCCUAUAAACUAAGAUGGUUGGAUAGCAAGGCUGAGGGUUUUGUAAAGAAGCAAUGUUUGAUUAACUUCUCCAUAGGUUCAUAUCAUGAUGAGAUACUAUGUGAUGUUUUAGAUAUGAGUGUAUGCCACAUAUUAUUGGGAAGACCUUGGCAACAUGAUAGACACUCAAUACACAAUGGCUUCACCAAUAUCUACACUAUUAGGCAUGAAGGAAAAUUAAAAGACCUCAUACCCUUACCACCAUAUAAAAUCAGUCUCACACCAACUAAGCAAAAGAAGGUAAGUUUCAUUAUGAGCAAAGGAGAGUGCCACAAGGAAAUUAAAGAAGGAGGGGAACUACUAUUUUUAUUCACUAAGGAAGUAAGUGAGAAUCAAGAUCAAUACCAUCCCAGGGUCUUAGAGUUAUUGGAAGUAUUUAGUGAUGUUUUUCCACAAGAACUACCUGAGGGGCUACCACCUUUGAGGGGAAUAGAACAUCAAAUCGACCUAAUACCAGGAUCAAAAAUUCCAAACAAGCCAGUAUAUAGGAAAAAUCCCCAAGAAGCCUUAGAGUUACAAAAACAAGUGGAUGAACUUUUGGCCAAGGGGUAUGUUAGAGAGAGUAUCAGUCCUUGUGCUGUACCAACCUUGUUAGUACAUAAGAAGGAUGGGACAUGGCGUAUGUGCAUUGAUAGUCGAAGUGUGAAUAACAUCACAAUCAAGUAUAGGUUUUCUAUUCCUCGUAUAGAUGACAUGUUAGAUGAACUCACAGGGACACAGUGGUUUAGUAAGAUAGAUUUGAGAAGUGGGUAUCAUCAAAUACGAAUGAAGGAGGGAGACGAAUGGAAGACAGCAUUUAAAACAAAAUAUGGGUUGUAUGAAUGGCUUGUCGUGCCAUUUGGACUUACUGGUGCCCCAAGUACCUUUAUGAGAUUAAUGAACGAGAUUCUCAGACCAUUCUUAGGGAAAUUUGUGGUAGUAUACUUAGAUGAUAUUUUGAUAUAUAGCAAGGAAUUAGAAGAACACUUUAGGCAUUUAAGGUUAGUUUUCAAGGUCCUUAGGGAACAAAGAUUGUAUGAAAAACUAGAAAAAUGCCACUUUCUAAGUCAAGAAAUUAGUUUCCUAGGAUUCAUCAUCAAUAGAGAAGGGGUAAAAGCAGAUCCAAAGAAAAUAGAGGCUAUCAAGGAUUGGCCAACACCUAAUAGUAUCACCCAAAUAAGAUCAUUUCAUGGAUUGGCUUCUUUUUACAGAAGAUUUAUCCAUAACUUUAGUUCCAUCAUGGCCCCAAUAACUGAAUGCACAAAAAAAGGGGAAUUUCAGUGGACACAAGGAGCACAAAAGGCAUUUGAACAAAUUAAAGAAGCCAUGUGUAGGGCACCUGUCCUUAAGUUACCUGACUUCACACAACCUUUUGAGGUAGAAUGUGAUGCUAGUGGUAAAGGCAUUGGAGCUGUCCUUACAUAG